CCAAAACCCAGUCGCCUGGGAUUCUCUUCUAGGCUGAAACCCGAAUUUGGACCGGUUAUCAGUCACUUAGCCUGAACUUCGCUCCGGAACUUCGCACCCAACCAAUCGCUGAAGAUGGCGAAUAACAGCUGCUGGGAGGAUAUUGGCGGGGAAAACAGAAGUGUUUUCUGCGAGGGUCCCCUGCUGGAUGCUGUCCAGAGAUCGAAAAUGUUUCCCGACUGCAAACACUUUGUGGAUAUGAGCUGCAUUUAUACACCUGCCCAAACUUUGAACGACUUCGAUAUGUUCACCAAUUGCUGCAGGAACGAUGGUUCCCUGAGGUUUCUGCAAAUGUUUGUGGAGAAACACUUCAAUGACCCUGGUUCGGAGCUGGAACACUGGACGCCGCCGGAUUGGAAAGAAGAGCCUUCGUUUCUUGCCAGGAUCGGUGACCCGGAAAUAAAGAAGUUCGGCUUGGCCGUCAAUGGACUUUGGAAGGAGUUGGGGCGGCGUAUUAAGGAUGAGGUCAAGGAGAACCCCGAUCAGUAUUCCAUACUCUAUGUACCCAAUCCCUUCAUUGUGCCCUCCUCGAAUUGCCGGGAGUAUCGCUACUGGGAAUCAUUUUGGAUUGUUCGCGGCUUGCUGCAGUGUGGCAUGCAUCAAACAGCGCGGGGCAUGAUCGAUAACUAUUUGGAACUGGUGCAGCAGUUUGGUUUUGUGCCUGGCUGUGGCAGGAUCUACUGCUCGGGACGAUCGAACCCUCCACUUUUGAUCAUGAUGGUGAAAGCUUAUGUGGAGGUGACCAAGGACGAGCAGUACGCCAUUGAAGCGCUGCCACUGCUGGAAGCCGAGUAUGAGACCUUCAUCAGCAAACACUCGGUGCAGGUGAAGGGCAGAACCAUGUAUCAGUAUAGAGAUUUCUCGGCGGGGCCAAGGCCCGAGGCCUAUAGGGAAGAUCUGGAGUGUGUGGCAAACAUCAAUAGUCCUCUGUCCCGAGAGCUUAUGUACACCGAACUCAAGUCGGCAGCUGAAUCGGGCACGAACUUCAGUUCCCGCUGGUUUGUCAGCGUCGAUGGUUCGAAUAAAGGAUCCUUUCGGGACACCAAAACCUCUGCCAUUGUGCCCGUGGAGCUGAACUGCAUCGUUUUCCGCAGCGGCAAGAUCCUGGCCGAAUUUAAUCGCAAAGCGGGCAACAGCAAAAAAGCCGAUGAGUAUCAGGAAAGAGCCUGUGGCCUCGUGAGAGCCAUUAGGAAUAAUUUGUGGAAUGCCCAAGCGGGCAUUUGGUUGGACUACGAUCUGGUGAACAACAAGCCACGCAACUACUUCUGCUGCACCAACUUUGCCCCACUAUGGGCCCGGGCCUUUCCCUUGGUGGACACCGAAAAGGUGUCCAAGGGUGUGAUGCAGUAUAUCAAGACCAACGAGUUGGAUGCCCAGUACGGUGGGGUGCCGUACACGAUGAACAAGGAGUCGGGCCAGGAGUGGGACCACCCAAAUGUCUUUCCGCCCAUGAUGUUCCUAAUCGUCGAGGGUCUGGAGAAUCUGGGCACUCCGCCGGCCAAGGCCAUGUCCAAACGUUGGGCCCAUCGAUGGGUCAAGUCCAACUAUGCGGCUUAUAAGUACGAGAGCUUCAUGUUCGAGAAGUACUACUGCGAGGAAUUCGGCACUUCUGGAGGAGUCUCCCCGGAACACACUCCAGUGGGUUACGGCUGGACAAACGGCGUGAUCAUCGAGUUUCUCUGCAAGUACGGAAAGGAGAUUAGCUUGGCCGACAACAGCGACGAGGGCAGCAAGAGCAAAUCCAGGGGAUCAAAGACAACCGGAAAGUACGAGUACAUCAUCACCAGUGAGGCCAACAUGGAGGAUCAGCCUACCAAAAAAAAGUGCGUGUGUGGGGAUCCUUCAACAGCGGCAGUCAGAUCGAACAAAUCGACUGCCACAACUGCUACCAGCGACUUUUCACAGCAAACACAGCCUCAGCCACAGGUGCCGAAGAAGGAUGAUUGCUCCUGUGGCAUUGCCCAGAAACAACGAUCACAGACGCAGCCAGGAGAGGAUGGCAAGUGCUCAUGUGGUGCAGGAGCGCAGGAAAAGUCCCAGCAGCAAUUGCAGCCGACGGAUGCGACGAGUUGUGGAAAAUGUGGUUCCCAGAAAACGCAACCAUCGCAAGUUCAGAUGCAGAGAUCUCAGCAGCAAGGACACGACGCCCAGUGUCCUUGCUCUGGAAAAGAAGCACCACAAGAGCAGGGAGCCUUGGGAAUGCAGCACGAUCCAGAUUGUCCACUAUCCGGACAACAGCAAAAAGGAGCAAUACUCAUUGUCGUGCCAAGUCAAGAGCCGAAAGACGAUCCCGACUGCGAGUGCUCCAUGGACGACCAGCAAAAGCAGCAGCAAAAGCAACAGGACUGCAUGCGGCAGCAACAGCAGCAGCAACAGGAGCGCCAGAAGCAGCAGCAGCUUCAGACUGAACAGCAACAGGAUUGCUCCACCAAGCCAGACACGCAGGACUGCUCCAAGCAUCUGAAGAAGUCUAGUGGCGCCUGUGGUUGCAUGGACGACGAGGACGAUCGGCACGACGCGCUAACGGGACACUACUUUCCAGUGGCCGACAAGGAACCGGAUGAUUUCAAUGUGCCGGAAAGUAAGUCGCCCCAAAGGGAGUCGGGAUGCGACGGCUGUGGCAGGAGUGAUUGCCCGGAUCCUCCGCAGGAAGACAAUGUUUCCAGAGCUGAAGCGAAGCCACAGCAGAUACAUGUUCAAGGAUAUGCCCAGCCGAAGCAAACAGCUGCCAAUGACUGCAGUUGCGCGGUGGGUAAGAGUCAGAGCAAAGCGGCAUCAGUCGCACCAGCGCCCACCUUCAUAUGCCCACAUUGUGGAGGCAUCACUUCCGAAGCGUUCCUUUCCACCACCAAUCGAGCACAGGACGACUGUGACUCCAUGACCGGAGGUGGUCAGUCACUCCGUGGUCUUCCCAGCAAGGGCAUGCAGAGUGGUCACAGCAAGGUGGCUCCCGGCGGUGGUGGUCCAGAGUGUGCUCCUUGCAAGGCUCACGUGACUGCGGACUUCCCACCUGGCCACGGACCAAAACCGCUCUUCAACAAGCAGUUCCCACUGGCCGAUCCUGUGAGUACGUUCGACGCGUGUCCUGCGAAUCGAGGAUCUGAUGCGGCCAACGGCAAGAAAAAGAAGAAGUGCUGCAACUGUGACGAAAAAGAGGAUGGGGAAUAGAACUACAUCAUCUAUAGAUCAAUGCCGUAGAAGAACAUGCGAAGGCCUAUUGAACUGAAACUAAAUUUUAGUGUGUCAA